CGCGCGGGCGGCGGGCAGGCAGGGCGGCCGGGCGGGCAGCGGCCCCGGCCCGCAUCUGCGCCCCUCGCUUGUCCGCGGCCCCAGCCCGGGCCCAGCUGCGCGCACAGCCAUGGUGGGCCGGCUGAACCUGCAGGAUGUGCCCGAGCUCGUGGACACGAAGAAGAAGGGCGACGGCGUCCUGGACAGCCCGGAUUCGGGGCUGCCUCCCAGCCCCAGCCCCAGCCAUUGGGGGCUCGCGGCGGCCGGGGGAGGCGGCGGCAGCGGGGAGCGCGCGCCGGCGCCGGGAGCGCUGGAGCCCGACGUGGCGGCGACCCCCGCGGUCUUGAAUCCGGCCUCGCUGCCCACGGCCCCGGCCUCCGCGCCCAAGUUAUGUCCCCUGUCCUUUGGCGAAGGUGUGGAGUUUGACCCCUUACCACCAACGGAAGUGAGGUACACUUCCUCAGUCAAGUACGACUCCGAGCGGCACUUCAUUGAUGACGUCCACCUGCCCCUGGGCCUAGCCAUGGCCUCCUGCAGCCAGACGGUCACCUGCAUCCCCAACUGCACAUGGCGCAACUACAAGGCCGAGCUGCGCUUCGAGCCCCGCCACAAGCCCACCCGCUUCCUCAGCACCACCAUCAUCUACCCCAAGUAUCCCAAGACCGUCUACACCACCACCCUGGAUUACAACUGCCGCAAGACGCUGAGGAGGUUCCUGUCCAGCGUGGAGCUGGAAGCCACGGAGUUCCUGGGCGGCGAUUACCUCUCGGAUGAGUGCUGACUCCCGCAGCCUGGGUGGGGCCGGACCGUCCCCCGCUGCCCUGGCCACGCGGGCCACGCCACCCUCGAGUGUCAUUCAUGCCCCCGGGAAUCUAACCUAGAGACACCUCUAAGCCCAGCCUGGGGAAGACAAAAAAAUGUCACGGCAUCUUGUCGUAAUUGAGAGAAUUUGGUUUUUAAGAAAUUGUCAAAUCGUUUUUAAAAGGAGUGUAAUUCUAGUUUGCUGCUGCAUAGUUCCCCCACCCCCAAGUCUCAAUUUGAUGAGGAAAGGAAGGGAUUGCAGCAAAAGAAAAGGGCCACCAUUUGACAUAGGGAGGGAGGGAAGAACUCCUCUUCCAUUGGUCAGCUUGUCUGAGAAAGAGCGUGGAAAAAGCCUCUGGAAUGGAAAAAGUGAGUUUAAGAAAUUUCAGCCCGGGGUGUCUUCACUGCUUCGAAAGCGGUGCAAAUUCAGUAAACUGUGACACCCAUAUGGGUUCAAUCUGUGUGGAGUGUGAAGUUCCAUUCCAUUUUUUAUUUCCAUUUCCAUUUCCAUUUCCUGCUAACCGAAACGCUUCGAAUUCUCUAAAUCUUUUUCAUGACAUCAGAAAGAAAAGAAACAAAAAAACAAAAAACACCACACCACAGAAUAAGAUUUUUUUUUUUUUAAAGAAAAGGUUUAUCCCGCGUUCGCGCUGUAGGAGGCUCAGGUCAGCUGUAGGCGGACUUCGGGAGCAAUGGCUUCGGUUCCGGUUCCUUCCACCAGCUGCUUCUGAGCUCGGGGUCUGGCAGGACGCCUCGCACCCUUGGCAUCUGGUGACGUCUCCACAGGCUUGUGUAACCCUCCUGAUGUGUAUUUUGGGGUUUCCAAAUACUUUCCUAUUUUUUCAUAAGGCAAAACAUUGCAGAGAGAGACAGCAUUUUAAAAGAGAGCUUAGGAAAAACGCUUCCUGGGACUCCGCUGGGGGCUUUCACUCACGGCGGGGACUGGUGGCCACGCCCGGGACCCGGUGCCCCCUGGCAGGAGGCGAGUGUAGAUGUUCUGGUGAUCUGGUUCGUCAGGGUGGGUGUCCUCUCCAGGGACCCUGGGUCAGCGGCCCAUAGGACUUGGACGUGUCCGCGUGGCAGAGGAACUCCGCCUGCGCCUUAGGUCUGAGCCUCAAGUGAGGAAAUGGCUUCCCCAGGCGAAGUCAAAGCAGGGACGAAGCCGCACGUCCCCUUCCAAAACCUGGGUGCUGCUGUGAUGGUGCCCGUUUCCUUUAAGUGUCAUGGACUACAGAAACCGAGGAUUCAGGGGAGCUGGCCUCGGAAGCAGGGCGGCGGCUGGGCCACCAGGGUGCCCCGGGCCAGGCCACUGCUGGCCUUGCCGCGCCCGCCCUGCCUCGCCCCCACGCCUACUUCUUCCUGCCAGUCUCUGAGGGCCACUUCAUUUUGAGUGAAGAAAGUGGCAGACAGUUUUUCCUCUUCCAAUGCUGGAAAGAACAGGCCGUGAAUAUUUCCUCUGAAUACAUCCCAGUGCUGUCGCGUGUUCGAGGGUUGCAGAGUGUUGUACGCUCGGACUCCCGCUGUAUCUCCGGGUUUCUGUUGAUGGCUUCCAUCUGCCCUGAAAGUUGAACAGAUAGCUCUGUGGGUUCCCUGGAACCCCAGCAGGGACUUCUGUUCUGAGGAGAGCAGGCAUGAUGACAAUCACCUUCGUUUAAAGUCUUUGGAGGCCUGUAGAGCCAAACUGUCUGGUGUCCUCUUUAGAUUUAACAAUAUUUAGUCUGCCAUGCUCCUAACUGACUGGAAGCAUCCUCGAGUGGAGCGUGCUGUGAGCUGGACCAUCCUGAGUUUGCCACGGCGGGGUUCGGGGGUCCCCUCAGCAGGGCGCUCCGGGCCUGUAGUCUCCUUAGUCAUGCAGAGCAACAGAUGCUUCCUGUGCUUGGAAAAACAGAUUACAUGGCAUUUAUGAUAAAAAUGGAUUUUUCUCUCUGAUCCUGUCAUCUUGUCAUUUAAGGCAAGUGAUAAAUGUAAUUUUUAAAUUAUGUUAAGAGAAUUCCCAAGGCUUUGCUGUGGCUGGAUGGGUCACUGGAGCGAGGUCAGACCACUGUCGUGGGCAGCAUGUCGGGAGAUACGAGGGCCGGGGAGCGUGGCCUUUGACCACAGCAGUGUCCUAAGACGUCCACUGAUUUUGGUUCAGAGGGAUUGGGUGAAGGUCCGGCAAAUCACUCUAGGUGGGGAGAGAAUCUGAAUUCUAUCAGUAAAGUAAGUAGAAAUGAGCGAUUGUGAAUGUGCAAUGUGAAUGAAAAAGCAGGUUUUAGUUUGUUAAGUUAUUCACUAGGGAAUGAACUUUAGUUCUAAUCCUUUUUUCUUCAAACCUGCUUGGCUGAAAGUUCCAGAAAAAAGAAGCAUGUGAAGACACAACCGGACACUUCAGGGUAGACACGUAACAUCGAUCAAGGGGAGGUUGGUGUUGGUUUGCAAAGAGGAAGCAAUGACUUUUAAAACUCAAUAAAACCAGGCAUCCCUAAGUGUAUCUGGGAGAUACAGUUGACUUAUGAAUUAAAGUCUUUCUUCUCAGGCUGUUAAAUUUUGGCUUUCAUGUAGUGAGGAUGAAUUUGUAUUUUCUGAAAAACUGUUUUCAAGUCCAGACCUUUUAAAAAAGAAUGAUUACCUUUUCAUUUGACACUUUUCCUGUUUCUAACCUUAGGAAAUCCAGAAUAGUAUUUGACAGAAACUUAAAUUUAUCUUUGACAUCUCUGUCCUGCCCCAUUUUGCUUUGUGACUCCUUCAUUUAACAAUAAAUUAUCUUUAAAAAAAAACCCCAAAAA